AUGUCGAGGAGGAAGACCAGGGAGCCCAAGGAGGAGAAUGUCACCCUCGGACCCACUGUUCGUGAAGGAGAGUAUGUCUUUGGUGUUGCCCACAUCUUUGCAUCCUUCAAUGACACCUUCAUUCAUAUCACUGAUUUGUCUGGGAGGGAAACUCUGGUUCGGAUCACUGGUGGGAUGAAGGUCAAGGCUGAUCGUGAUGAGUCGUCACCUUAUGCUGCUAUGCUUGCUGCUCAAGAUGUUGCACAGCGUUGCAAGGAGCUUGGUAUUACUGCACUGCACAUUAAGCUUCGUGCCACUGGAGGCAACAAGACCAAGACCCCUGGACCCGGUGCUCAGUCUGCUCUCAGGGCUCUUGCUCGUUCUGGGAUGAAAAUUGGACGCAUUGAGGACGUUACCCCGGUGCCCACUGACAGCACCCGCAGAAAGGGUGGUAGGAGGGGAAGGAGGCUGUAG